ACCAGCGCCGGGAGCGGUCUCGGCCACUACGCCGCAGCGCCCGGGGGGACAGCAGGCACGACUACUGCCGCCGGCGAUGGCGCAGCCCGCGGGGGGAGGAGCCGCCGCCCCCCGGCCCCAGACAAUCCUGGGCCAACCGGCCCAGCAGCAGGCGGCCCGGCCAAUGGAGGAGAGGCCGCAGGCGUUUGCCCCCGUACCGAAAAGCGCGCCCGGGAACGCGGGUUGUUGCGGAGCAUUUCUUGAGAAGCGGCGGGGCGAUUCCCCGAAGCGCAAGCCCCCGCUUUUGAUCGCUAUCCUGGAGCAGAAAAGCACACUCCCACAAAUAAGACAGCGCGCUUGCAUCGUUCUUUGCAGUCGUAUCAGCAGAGACCACCCGCGGCGAGGCCAGGGGCCAUUUUCUGGCAUGCAGAGCGCAGCCCCCCAGGCCGCGGGCCAACGGCUUUCACCUCGAAUAAGGGUGUCGCGCACAUUGUCUGCGCUGCCGCUGCCGAGCAGGCAAAUCAACAACAUAUGGCCUGCAGCCUCAAAACAAAUUGCGACUUCGCGACAUCCAGGGCGCUGCGGGAGUUUGCUUUUCUGUGGCAUAAUCGCGUGA